AUGGCCUGGAAUACAUCGCAUCCUCCGCACACGGAUAGAUACUGUGAUUUUGAGGAAUGUACUAAUUCUCGUGAGGUAGGCUGCAUUCUGUCUUGUGGACAUGCUUAUCAUUAUGAAUGGUUUUUGUUGCAAUUAGAAAGUCAAUGCCGGUAUUGUGCUGCAUAUCUCAUGAGCGGUAUUGAGAAAAACUGUAGAAUUUUCCAACAAACUGUGAGUUCAUUCAAUGAGAUGCUUAUAGGUGAAAAUACAGACGAAUUGGCUGUGGAAGCUGAUGACAGUAAUACUGGCGAUGAAGACUUUUCAUUAGAUGAUGAUAAUAGAGACUUACUUUUUGUAAGGGCUCUGAAUACUCUAACCAAUGUAUAA